CACUAUUCCUGACACUCAGACCAGUGAAUUCCAUAGCUAUAGUCAGCUAUAGAGCUGCAUGUGCGAAAGAUUGUGUUUGCAAGCAGGUUACAUACUUGAGUCAGCUUCACCAACCUCUCACACUAUCAAUCCCAAAUGGUAAAAUCAUCGAUUUUAUUUACAACUUCAUUCAAUUUAGAGUCUUAGACCACAUCCGCUUUGAAUUGCAUAAUUCAAAAAUGAAGACAAGAGUCGUGUUGUUAGGGGCCUUGUAGCCUGAGCCAGUAAAGAGUAUUAACAAUGGGGUGAUGUGAGAACAAUCUCGGCCAACCGUAAAUUAAAAACUCCACCUGGCUUGCAGUUGCAUGGGGGAAGUGUUUGUCAGGAUAAAAGAACGUUACAAUAGACCACGUGAUUUUUUUGUUAAACUAUCUUUUGUAUUGUUUUCAGGUUAGAACUGUAUAUAAGUAUGUGUGAUCAUCAUGUCUGAAUGGGAUAGUUCCAUCAGCACCUGGGAUCUUAUUGAAAAAGCCUGCAAGGAAGCUGGUAAAAGAAAGAGGGACCACCCAGAAAAAAGGCAAAGCUUGCUGGAACGGUUGUUAGAUUGUUUUGUUGAUUCAGUUGAAGGGGCCCCAAGUGACAAGCGUUUUCGUCAUGGUGUUCACCUUCUUGACAAAGUUGUUUUACAAGAUAAUCUUUCAACAUUGAUCGUAAACUUUUAUCCAGUUAACGAAGGGUAUUCACUUAUAUUGAAAAGCCCUAGUGGAACAGAAUCCGAAACUAUUCGACUUCCAUACGAAGAAACAGAAUUUCUUGAUUAUCUUGAUGCUCAGCAGCUUCCUCCGAUGCUGGUUGAUUUGCUGGAAAAAUCCAAGGCGAAUGUUUUCUACAAUGGAUGUGUGAUUGUUGAAGUUCGUGAUUAUCGUUGUUCUGUUAAUCCUAGCAGUUACGAUACUUCAUACGUACUAUUACGUCCAACAUGCCAGACUCUUAUUGCUGAUGUUAAUGCCCUAACGUGUGAUGGAGAAUGGCUUGAUGAGGAUAAGAUUAAUUUGGAAGCAGAACUAUUAUUAAAAACACAAAGUCCAUUAUGUCUAGAUCCUUCACCGGAGAUCUUCAAUAUUGUCAACCAAAUGCAUUUUCACAAACACAAAUAUAGAAGUCAGUUAUUACAAAGAAGUCACAAACGUCGUUUUCGCGCAUAUAUUUCUCAAAACCGGCCAUCUAUAUCGGCUCCUUCAUGUCUAAAAUUGGUUGAUUUCUUGGCUCAUCACAAACAUGCCCAACCUCCUGUUAAUUUACGACUGUCAAAGUCAUCGUACAGUGGAGUUGACACAUGGAAACAACGUACAUUAUCGUUAGCACCACCAAUUGAACCAGUACAGGUGAUGAAAUUUUCUAAGAAAAUAGAAGCGAGUAAACUGGAUCCGAAUAGCGCUCCCGAAACAGUGCAAGAGAUAGUUUUAGAAGCUGAGAAAACAGAGAAUCGUAAUUGCCAUUGUCGUGUGAUGAUUCAGCGUCGUCCUGCGGAUCUACAGUAUUUAGGUGAAUUAUAUUUACAUGAAGAUGCAAGCAGUAAGGAAAUCACUCAAGAUAAAGGGAAAUGCUGCAAGUUCUUCCUUGGCAGUAAACUGAGUGCACAGAGAUAUCUUCAGCAGUUUCAAGAUCUGUACACAGAGGAAGGCAGGAAGCAUGUGAAAAUUGCCAAUUUCAUCCCGAGCCAACAACAAGCUCGAAUGCAAGCACAAAACAAAAACAAAGUAAAAUCUGAACCAAAUAGAACACCGAGUCCAUGUCAAGGCCAAAAAACCGAAAAUAAAACAGUAAAUGGAAACGCAAUCCCAAAUCAUCAGGGUCAUCCUAAUCCCGGAAACAAAAUAACAGUGAAUUCGGUUGUGAAGAAUAAUGGUAAUAAUGUCACUAGUCAAUCGAUUUCUGGCAAGAUUCCAAUAUAUAAUACAUCAAGUCUUGCAGGAAAUAGUAUGGUUAUGACUGGGACGAACGCUAAUCUCGCUGGAAUGACAGUGCAAGGUAAGCAAUAUGUCACGGCAAUUCCUGUCGCGUCCUCAUCAGUACAAAAUCAACAUGAUGCAAUACAGCCAGGCGCCUCAUAUCAACAGAAUGUUGUUGGAGCAUAUGUUCAGCCCAAGGUUGUAGCGUUAGGAAACACAGCAAUACCUGUAGUGACCACGCCUAUCGCCCCAAUCACCAGUAAACCAAGCUCUGGUGCCAGACCUUCCCUUCUCCAACCGAAGUUUAUAACGACAACAAAUAUAAAAAACGUUGCUCAACCGAUACAGCCUGCUGGUCCAGGAUCUAUUACCUUGAUACAGUCUGCAGGAGGUGACCAAACGCGACGUUUGUUACCAAGCUCCAUCGCGUCUCGAAUACUCAAAAAACAGGCCCACAACAACGUGACAAUACAAGGACAACAAGUUCAGAUUGCUCAAAGAUCAAAUAACGCUACAAUUGCGCAGUUGAGUGGUGCAGGUAUUUUACCUCUGACACAACUUGGUAUCAAUGUUGCCAGUCCUCAACUAUCUGGUAAGAAAGUUUCUCAACAAGCAGUAACGUUGUCAUCGUCGCUAACACAGCCAAUACUUCAACAACAAUCUCAGGCCAGGCAACUCACAGCUGCUCCAGUAAACACGUCAACGGUAGUAACUAUGGUAACUAUUGGCAAUGCAGCAACACCCAUUGCAACCAUGACUCCAGCUGGUAAUAGAUCUACGUCAAAUCUUGCUCCUAUCGUCCCUCUUCAGGUUCGCAUGGUACAGUUUCCACAAAGAGCCCAGACGUUGCAACCACGGCAGAUCGCUCUACAACCUCAAGUGAAUCCUACAAACACAGGCAGAGCGCCUGGAAGACCAAACUUAAGACGACGAUCAUCACAUCAAAAUAACACUUCACAAAAGUAAAUAUUUAUUUCAAGGCAUGGAUGUGCAUGGUGAAAAACACAUUUCUAUGAAAAUUGAAAUAUGUAUAUCUCAAUGGAAAAAUAACCUAGAAACUUCUUGUGGUAAAUCGGUAUGAUAAUAGGAGAAGAAAAUACGACAACAUGUGUACUGAUUUCAAAGGCUUCUAAACUCGUAGUAUUUUCAAUACCAUAAAAAAAACAAUAGAAGACAGCUUGAGAUGCACCCGUGAUGUACAACCGUUUACAACAAGUGUGACGGCGAGAGUGUAUAUACAGCCACGUCUUAGACCAAUUAUUGUGAUCCAAGUGUUUUCUUAAUGCUGACAUUUUGUUAAACUUAUGACAUCUUUAGACAAAGUUGAUAAAGUUACAUGUACAACAUGUCGGUCGAAACAAAUGUAACUGUCCAUUUGUUGGACUCAAUAAUCCUUAAACGUUUCUUGCAAUUGAGUACUUGAUUGUAAUUAUAUAAAACUGGUCCUUUUAUUUGUACAAAAAAUUCUU